AUGCGAAUUUUAAUAAUUAAUUGCUAUGAUAACAAAGACCUAGAAAAAUUUUAACAUUUCCAAUUUCAUGUCAUGAAAGUAUAAUAUUAUACCAUCUUAGUAUUUAGCAGAAUAAAAAGAGUUAAUAGAUACAGAAAAUGAAUUUUACGUUCGCAAUAGGGAUACCAUUGAGGAUUUCCUAUACGAAGUAGAAAGCUCUUAUGUGAAGAAGGAAUCAGCUCUAAAAUUCGAUCAACUUGAUGUGAUAUUCAUUAUAGGGGAUUGUCAUACACGACCUUGGGCUGUUCAUAUGGGUAUGGAUUAAGGAUUUACAGUUAGCAAAAAUAUUGGUUUUGUUGAGGAUGAGUUUGAGAGUAUAGAAGUUACUAUUUGCUUCCGGAUUUGCCAUGCAAGCCUUAGUAUAUUUAUCAGCAUCUAAUAUUGAAAGAGUACCAUCUUAUUAAUAUACAUAAGCCUAUAAACCUAAUCAAUUAGAAUGGGGGUAAAUUAUCAGAUCUAAGGGAAUUAAAGAUCCAAAUAUAACAGAGUGAUAUGUUUUUGGAAAACACUUCAGGAGAUUUGUAUGUAUUUAAUUAUGAAUCCUCUGAAUGGAUUCCAAAGUUAAAUGUGGGCAUCCAUUUAAGGAGUGCAGCACAAGAAUUCUAAUCUAUAGGAAAGUAUGUUGUUAAGGCUCCCAUCUACAAACCUAAACAAAUGGGCUCGUUUAUUAGUAAAAACAAAAACACCGAAACAGUUGUUUCAAUAAGAAAUGUAUACUUAUAGCAUUGGGUAUGACAUGAUAUCUAAAUCAAUAGGCAUUUAAGGAUAUUGAAUCUCGAUUUUUAGCUCCAUUAUUGAACAGAUGGGAUGUGCACAAUUUCCAAUUCAAUAAUUCGGAAAAGAAAUUUAUUUGCCUCGCAGAAAGUGAUGAAGGACCAUCUAUAAUUGAGUAUCCAAAAGCUUUGGCUUGCAUGUUUGAAAUAGAUACCAAAUAUCCUUUCACAAAUACAUUGCUAAAAAACUUUGUUUAAUAUGCAAUGUACAAUAUAAAAAUCUCAAAGUAAAUAAGCUAAUUGAUAUUUAAGUGCCUCCAAACCUUUCGAUUCAAUUGAAAACUAUCAUAAAGUUAAUACAAAAACAUCAUCGAUCUUAGAUCUCUUAAAAAACAACAAUAAUUAAAACCAAAAGAAAAGUACUCUCGAAUUAAUGCAAAUUAGAGGCAAAAAUGGAAUAGCUUCUUAAAGUCAAUAGAAAUUGGCUCAUGCUUAAGAGGAAUAAAAGUUAUAAUCAAUGUAGAACACUCUGAAAAGAAGAAGCAGCAUAGCACAUGUUGGAUUUACACUAAAUAAAAAUGUACCUAUAAGAACAGUAGAAGUAAAUGCGGUUGGAAAAAGAAAGAUUAAAUACUAAUAGGGAUAAUAGCAUUCAAGAAAGAUAAGUGCUGAUGAGGCAUAUUUAAAAUCAAUAAGAGAUAGUGAAGAAGACAUUUUUAAUGAACCAGAAAUCAUAUAGAAAACACAAAUGUUAAAGACACCAAGCCAAUCAGAAAUAAGAAAAUUGUUGCAUCCAGAAAUAUCUAAAUCUUGUUUGGAAGUCAAAGAAAUUUGGAUUCCAGGUCAUCUAUCCGAGUAUCAGAAAACCUAAGGAGAUAAAAGAAUAGGUAAGAUUGGAGGAUCUUUUCAAUCUACUUAAAUGAAGAGAUGGAUUUGA